UCUAAAAGGCCACCAGAUGGACCUCUACAGUGAGCAACCCACGGGUGUCCGGUGAUAUUGGUGUAACUGCCUUUAUGUAAAAUUAAUGGAGCUGAGGCUGCAUGCAAACAAGACUGGGCGUGUGUUCAAAAAGUCCAUUGCUGAAUUACUGUUUGGCUAGCUUCCGUGACACUCAUCAAGGCUGUUUCAUUACUUUCUCCUUCUCAAGAAUUUUAAAUGCCCACUUCGUACUGUCCCUUUAACUUCUGAGCCGAUUUCCAGAGAGCAACAACCUGUAGCCUAAGCUCAGCGAUCCUCCCCCUGAUGGAUUAUUUAACAGGCGCUGAGUCCCAUGUCGCCAUCUGCUAUAGGUAGAAAACACUGCGUAUUAUUCUCACAGGCACAUGAUCCGCGUUAGCAAACAAGGUAAACAAAGAAUUAAAACAAAAAUAAGUUUAGUGGGGCACAAAAUCAAAUCCAAACUUGGGCAACAGGUGCUGAGCAUCCUACAGGCGACAGAGAGAGAAAGAGAAGAAACUGAGGCACAGCGUCGAAAGAUAAACAGCAGCAGGUUUGUCAUCGAGAGAUAGGACUAAUAACCGACUUAUGAGACCUUUAAUAAUGGAGCUUUAUUUCGACCUCUGAAAGCUAUCACACAGUAAAAUGUGUGUGCGCGGACACGGAUAGUGCUUUUGACCAUUUGGCUGUGUUGGGAAGAUGUGGAGCGCGAACUGAGCUGUCCCACUACAUUUCCCGGGUGACUGAGAUGUUCUACAAUGCUGAGCCUGUCCGCACGGUGAAGUGAUCGGGCGCAGGUCAGUCAACAGAAGGCAGGAGUUGUCCAGUCUGCGGCAGUCAUGGUGGUGGAGGGGGACAGGACGCUGCUCGCCGCGAGACAAGGAGACGUGCAGAGUCUCAAAGUGCUACUAGCGGCAAACGCGCUCUCCAGCGACAUCAAGGACGUGAUGGGGGCUUCACCAGUCCACCACGCAGCCCGAGCUGGGAAACUAACAUGUCUGCGUUUCCUGGUGGAAGAGGCAGGACUGCCGGGCAACUGCCUGGCUAACAACGGGGCAAGCCCGGCGCAUGACGCAGCAGCUACCGGCAACCUGGCUUGCCUGCAGUGGCUACUGACCCAGGGCGGAUGUCGGCCAGAGCACAGGGACAGCUCUGGUGCCAACAUUCUCCACCUCGCAUCCCGCUUCAGUCACCAUGAGAUCACAGACUGGCUGCUGAAGAGUGGCGAUGUGGACCCUGGGACCUCCACCGAUACAGGCGCCCUACCUGUUCAUUAUGCUGCUGCCAAGGGAGACCUGCCCUCUCUGCGACUGUUAUUGGGGCACAGCCCAAAUGUUGUAAACUCCCAAACAAAGAAUGGUGCCACGCCACUAUAUCUGGCCUGCCAGGAGGGUCAUCUGGAGGUCAUACAGUACCUGGUCAAGGAUUGUGGGGCGGAUCCGAGCAUCAGAGCCAAUGAUGGGAUGACCUCUUUGCAUGCUGCUGCCCAGAUGGGCCACAACACAGUCAUCGUCUGGCUGAUGAGUUAUACAGAUAUCAUCCUGACGGACAGGGAUGGUGACGGAGCGACGGCCAUGCACUUUGCAGCCAGCCGUGGUCACGCAAAGGUGCUCAGCUGGCUUCUGCUGCACGGUGGAGAAAUUGUCACUGACAACUGGGGAGGGACCCCUCUCCACGAUGCUGCAGAGAAUGGGGAACUGGAGUGCUGUCAGAUCCUUGUGGUCAAUGGUGUGGAUCUUGGCAUCAGAGACCAGGAUGGUUUCACAGCAGCAGACCUGGCUGAAUACAAUGGCCACUCUCAGUGUGCCAAGUACCUGCGCACUGUGGAGAACAUGAGUGUGGAGCACCGUGUUUUGUCUCGGGACCCGUCAACAGACCUUGAAUACAAGCAGCCAGACUCGGGCCUCUCAUCCCCAAACACCACCAUGCCCCCUGCCAGCCAGGGGGCACACUUUGACAUCAGCUCACCAUCCAGCUCCCUAUCAAACUACGACUCAGCCAACUCCAGCCAGUCCAGCACCGGGGAGAAAAGAAGCAGCUUAACGGCGUCACGAGGCCCGCCAGUCAAGCUGAACGCAGUUGCACACACAGGUGCAUCAGAAUCCGCCAUUUCAGACAUGCAGGCAUAUAUGGACAUGCUAAACCCAGACAUUGGCUCUGAUAUGCCUAAGAAGAAUGAGACACCUGCUAAUGCUGCUUCCAAGCCCCCACCACCACCUACCUUUCCACCCCCACCGCCUCCCCCGCAGUCUCCCCCGAUUCCUCCACCACCUCCGGCCUACCCAGCACCACAGCCCCCCAAGGAGCCCUCAUCGGCAGAGUUCUUGAAGGUGAAAAGCAACUUGCGGCACGUGGAAAGCAGCACUCCCAAGAAAGAGCUGACUCCUGGGGAAAGCCACGACAAACUACGACGUGUGGAUUCAAAUAGGAAGUCGAGGAGCUUCAGCAAGCAGCCCAGCACUGGGGACUACUACAGGAACCUGGGCAGCGAGGCAGCAGAGACGAGAGUGUACAAAGGCAUGGCACCCAACGAGGAAGGCUCGGUGUUGUUGGAAGAACCUGCCGAAAGCCCCACCCAAAACUCUGAGAACGGCACCACAGAAGAAUCUGUCGGGCCCCCACCUCCUCCACCUCCUCCCCCUCUACCUCCUAUCAAUACAACACCGACACCCCCUCCACCUCCUCCAUUGCCCCCAGAGAUGCCACCCACCCAGAAUCACUCUUCGAGGUGCAACUCUAUCAACCAGCGACGCCCAUCUUCCUCGUCAGGAAGCACAAAAUCCUUCAACAUGAUGUCCCCCACUGGAGACAACUCGGAGCUGUUGGCAGAGAUCAAAGCAGGGAAGAGCCUCAAGCCCACACCUCACAGUAAAGGCUACACCACUGUGUUUUCAAGUACUGGACCCACAGGCAACAAUGGCAACACCAUAUCUCCACCAGAGACCCGCGCAUGUAGUCCACCACCCAAGCCGUCAUCCCCCCCACCAUCCAAUAAGUCUGUCACCCCUCAGCCAACCAGCCCGAGUCCAAGCCCCAGUCCAACUAAUUCUGGAUCUGUUAGGACCAUGUCCACUUCUGCGAGCUAUGAGCAGCUGACCUCCAACUCAGUGAUCAAUGGGAACAGUGGAGGCAGCAUGGCAGGAGCAGAGUGUGGGGGGCGAAAGGCGAGCCUUGCAGAUGUGGAGACACUAGUGCCCACUCAUGACGAACAGGGGAAAGCAAUCCCUGAAUGGAAGAGGCAAGUGAUGGUGCGAAAGCUUCAGGUCAAGAUGCACGAAGAGGAAGAGCACAAACGCAAGACUGAGGAGGAGGCUGCCCGCCUGGCAUCGCUGCCAGCCUGGAGGAGAGACAUAAUGAAGAAGAAAAUGGAUGAAGAGAGGGAAAUAAAAAGAAAAGCAGAGCAGCAAGCCAAACAGGCAAAAGAGAUAGAGGAGAAGUCGGAGCUGGAUCGAAUACGGACCCUGGGCUACGACGAGACCAAGCUGGCCCCCUGGCAGCGACAGAUCAUUCUGAAGAAAGGAGAUAUAACCAAACAGUGACCUAGGCCAUCUCCUCCUCCUCUGACCUGCCGCACUCCCAUUGUCACCCACUCCAAGGCCUUUACUGAACACCUAGCCCUCCCUGCUCUUCCACCCUGUACUCCACACUGGUCAGUUUUGGAAGAGUUUGUCUCCUUUAGACCCUAUCACCCUCUCCGGCUUCAAUAAAUACAGGACCAUACAGUGGUUCCUGCUGUCCACACCGUCUUUGAUAUACCUCAUAUUGAAGUCAUGUGGAACAGACUCUUUGUCCUCUUGUGCUGACAAUAUUGGUAACAUGCACUGAUUGUCCUUGUUUGAGGCACUUGUUAUAAAUGCUUGUGUACUCAUCUUAAUUCAGAUUUCCCUUAGUAUCUAUAAAUUGACUUCCCACAAAUCAGUAGAAUCCAUUUCACGUAAAACACACAUUUGAAAUAGGUGGAAUGGGGCUACUUGUGGGCGUUUCUGCCAGGGUGGAAAAAGCCAUUUCAUGUAUAUUUUUCCUUCAUUACACAUUCAUUGUAAUGUUAUGAAUGCGAAUGUAGCUCUAUAACAGUCGAGUCAUUUACAGAUGGCAUGGGCAUAUUUUGCUAAUGCAUUUGGUAUGUAGAUGAUGUCUAGUUUUGUAUCAAGUUCAUAGAAGCACUUUCUUAACAGCUUCAUUUUACUGCCAGAACUGUAAUCGUAACACUGCUCAAACUAAUCUGUUUCUGUAGAUGAGCUUGUUUUCAUUUCUCUGUGGGUUUUAAAUAUUAAUAUAGAUCCUACUUAAAUAAUAUAAAGAUUAUGUAGCUGUGCAAAUUAAAUUUUAUGAAUUAUCACUGACAAAGCUGCAUAGUACAAGAAUUGAAUUUUCUAUAUGUGACCUAAAUGUUAAGCAUUUGAUCAUCAAUAUGAGAUGUUGUGUGCAUGUGUUGCAUAAUGUGUAUCAAGAAUGUUAUGGCGUAUUAUCAAGCACAUCUGACUCCAGGACCUUAGAUUGUCAGUGAUUUACAAACUAUAAAAGAGACCAUUUAUAUGUUCAAUCUAGAACUGUAUUUGGCCUUUUUAAAAUAAAAAUCUAAUAUCUUUGUCUUACUCUAAACAAAUCUUCUGCACACUGAAUAUUACAUGAGAAGAAAAAAGACAUUAAUUUGUCUUGUGUCUUGUUCAAGCCUUUAUCUCAUGAACCUGGAGGAAACAUUUUUGAUGAGAAAAUUAGCCUACAGAAUGAAGAGACAUGUAUCUGUGUAGCACUAUUCCUUAGAUAAUGCCAACCGUAUAUUAGUGGAGUCCAGUGUCAAUACUCAUUCCGAUGUCUUUCACUGAAGUGUUGGAUUACUUAAUAAGUUAAUAUGGCUUUUGUUUUACUGUAUAAUUGUCCAUACACAUCCCGAGACAAUUGUAUGUAAUAGGGCUGACACAAGUACCAUGAAGAUUGUUAUAACCAAACAACAAAUUGUGUUGAACAGUUCCUUUCAGUCCCAGAUUUUCAACUAUUUUUAGAAUUGACACACCUGUUCAGCGUGGUUUUGUCAACCUGGGGCUAAAUAUGAUAAUAUGGUUGAAUGUAACUGGAAGGGUUGAACUAGACACCUAAGUAUUCCCACAUGAUGGGAAACAUUCUCUCUCUUUCUCACAAUUAUGUUGGAUGUAUAUUUAUUUGAAGGGUCUCGAGUAUACACAUUAUGUCAAAGUGAAAGGCAUGUCUGUGGUUUGGUAAUCAUUUGGAAAUCUUCUAAUUUACUGUCAUCGGAUGCCAUAUGAUGCAUAAAUUUAAAAUUAUGUAAACGUCAUUGCCAUUUGAUUUUCUAUAUAUAUUUCAAUUGUGUAUAUAGUGUCCCUCAGAACUUUGUCCUUUCUUUGUUUCCAUAAUGCAUUAUAUUACAUGUCUCAGCCUUGCUUGAAUAGACUGUUGGCUAAUUCAUGUGUAAUUAUAUUUUCAGACAAUAAAUGAAAACAAUAAAUCUUUGAUCACCAAACAA